GGGGCGGUACCUUUGGUGCAAGUUACUUGGGGGUUUCUGAGUGCUGGAUGACUAAUCUGGCGAGGACGUCCAACAGGUCCGAGCUCAAUUUAAGGUUGCAGGUAGGCGGGACUAGUGCUCCUUUAGCGCCCAACUUUCGACCCUCGAAACUGGGCAAGACCACAAAUUUCCACAACACCGUUGCAUUGCAGUGCUUGAAUGUACCAGCAUUGUGUAUCUCUUCAAUAUGGCCAACACCAAGGUGUCCGUUGAGAAAGCGUAUCUCGACACUCUGCUGCGAAAGGCUCAAUUUCAUACCGAUGGCGUUGACUAUUGUGUUCCUGUUCAUGUACCAACAGUGACGAUCACCAAGCUUGAGCAUGACAGCCUCCUGAAAGCUUCUCGUGAAUAUGCCAAUCUCCAACGAAACUUGUUCAGAGGCGGUGUUGCAGCAGAAACUCUUGCCGUCCUGGUAAAUGACGACGCGGGCUCCGAGCAAAAUGGCGGUACAACAGCAUACUCGGCACUUGAAGAUCCUACCGAUAGCGAUGCCUUCUUCCCACAAUCUCUCGAGUCUGCGGCCCACGCUUCGAAUGAAAACGGACAAGACUACACCUACGGACGAAAUGCUAAUUACACCCCUCGAGGUGGAAAUGGACAGGUAAACCGUCCCAAUGGGAAGAAUGGCACCAAUAGCUACAGCAAUGGCUUCGAGCACUCACCUCACGACGACUAUGGCUCUUCACCAGAUGGUGUAGAUGGCUUUUAUGAUGGCAGCCCAAACGACGAUUCUCAAGCUCCUGGUCAACGCCAGCAAUACGCCAAGUUUGCUAAGCGCACUAUCCUCCUUUCGAAUCUUCCUGAAGGCACAACACACUCGGAAAUCACCAAUGUUGUCCGUGGAGGCAUGCUGCUAGAUAUCUACGUGCGAAAUAACGAUCGUAAUGCAAGUGUUUCCUUCUUGGAGGAGUUGGCGGCACAGGAGUUCUUCCGACAUGUUAAGCGGUAUGAUCUGUAUAUUCGAGGAAAGAGAGUAGAUAUACGCUGGAACGAGCGACAGUUCAUUCUUCCUGGACAUGUUGCAAACAAAAUCUCCAUUGGUGCGACUCGAAAUCUGGUAAUCCUGAACUACAACCCCAAGCAUACGGAGCAGGUUAUUCGAGACGAUCUUGAGCAUAUUCACAACCUCAUCGUGGUUAAGGUUGAUUACAGAGGCCCACAUUGCUAUAUCUCCACCAACUCUGUCCACAACUCCAUGUUUGCCCGUACUUGCAUGAUGAGCCGCGCUACUUACAAAGGAGCAAAGAUUGAAUGGGAUAUCGAUGAGUGUGCUGCUCCACUCGAGAAACCUUUGUCAGCCCGCGAAACUCUUCCCGUCAACAGAAAGAAGGACAGCGCUCCACUCAAGAAUCGGUUUGAACUUCUCAACCUGGACAAUGGGGGCGAGCCAGAUUCCGACGAAGAUGAAGAAGAUUUCGACCAUAGCGGUAUCUCUCUGCCCAGUGAGGUUUUUGUUAGCCCCAGCCGAUUGCGUCGAUAGGUGUUUUACACUUGAUUUUCUUCUCACUUGUUUUCCACGUGCUUAUCCAGGCGCUUUGGCUGUUUCAUUGCGCCCAGGGAGUGUUAAUCAAGAUGUUGUUUCCUAGGUUUAAGGAAAGGUUCAUCGAUGGCGUUACGCGGGCGUUCCUAUCACCGGGUCCUGGUGGUAGCUAUCUGCAGAUACCCCUGUUUAUCUUUGUCGUUGUUGCUUUCAAUACCCAAAAUCGGAGUGUGUGGUUUGGUUCGAAUGGCUGGUAUGUUCCAGAGAUGGUCUAGAAAGUCAGGUAGUCAUUGUGAAUGCGUACAAUAUAUCGCUGGGGGUUGAGAGCAAGAGCAUGUUCAUAGCAAAGCGUGGAGAGAAUGGGCUUGAGUCCCGAUACAUUAUGCCGUGCUAUAUAAACUGGCCUUGGGCC